AUGGCCACAUUACCAGAUGAUCUUGAAAAGCAAACAAUCAGUCAUGUUUCAAAUAAUGGUGAUAUUUCUUCAACUGAUGAGCCAAAAGGUUAUAGUGUAAAUGGAGGUAGUACAAUUCAUAGAAUUACAACCUCAAAUGAUGGUGAUUUAGUUUAUUUAGGAAAUCAAGCUUUCCAUAAAAGUGAAUUAAUGAAUGCAUUUGCUGGUGAUUUGAAUCCAGGAUUGCAUGCAUCACCUCAUCGUCCAAUGGGAAAUCCUGUACCUUUAGGUUUAGCCGGGUUUGCAAUUUGCUGUUUUGUUGUUUCAAUUGUUAAUUGUGGUGCAAGAAGUACUAGUAAUGUUAAGUUGAUUGGUGGUGCGGCCUUGUUUUUUGGUGGGAUAAUUGAAUUAAUUGCAGGUUUAUGGUGUUUAGUUAUUGAAAAUACGUUUGCAGCAACUGCAUUAGGAAGUUAUGGUGGAUUUUGGUUAGGUUUUGGUUCAAUUUUGAUUGAUCUUGGUGGAAUUACAUCAAGUUAUGAAGAUGAGACAGAAUAUGCAAAUGUUUUAGCAUUUUACUUAUCAGCUUGGGUUAUUUUUUCAUUCUUGAUGUGGAUUUGUACAUUUAAAUCAACCUGGCCAUUCUUUAUAUUAUUUUUAUUAGUUUGGGUUUUCUUGAUGUUUUUAGCCAUUGGAUAUUUUAUCAAUUCUAGUGGAUGUCUAAAAGCUGGUGGUGUAUUGGGAUUAAUGGCAAGUUUCAAUGCAUUUUUCAUCAUAUUUGCUGGUGUUGCUGAUAAAACCAAUUCUUAUAUCACUGUUAGAGCAACACCAAUGCCAGGGGCACCAACUGUUUGA